AUGGCAGCCAUCUUGGAUUUCUAUUGGUUAGCGUACGAAACGAAUAAAAUAAAUGUACGAGAUAUUAAAAGAGUCUUAGAAAAUAUUUCUGAACAAGACUGUACACUUACUCUAUCUGCAUUAGCUGUUAAAGAAACAUCAAUUUCAAAAUUAAGUUACACAAUAGUAGACGCAAUUAUUAAAUUAUUGGAAAUGAAUAUUAUAGAUGGUGAACCUCUACAAUUGAAUGAAAUAACAACAAAUGUUAAUUUUUCUUCAUUUAAUUGGCCAUACAAUGAUGAAGAGCGUGAAUCACCUCAAGCAUGCAAACAUUUAAAAUUGGAAUUAGGAAAAUUUAGAGUUAUUUUUGGACUCAAUGGAUAUAAAUUUGUUGAUGUACAUGCAAAUAAAAAACACGUAUUUAAUAUACACUUUAAACAACGAAUAUUUAAAGGUGAUGCCGAUGCUCUUAUAAUUCCCUACAAAACAGCUGCAGAUGGUUGUGCAUUACAAUUACGUGUGGUGUUCGAAUUUAAAUUGCCAGAAAAUAUGGUUUUUGAGAAAUACCGUGAUUCGUUUUACGGUGAAUUAUUAUGUUCCCUUGCAAUGUCUCAUCAUCCAUGUCUUACGGUUCUAACUGAUUUACGUACACAAUGCUUUAUCGAUCGAUGUAUUAAUGAAAAUAUUCAUGUAUGGGCAUGUGAUAAUAUGAAUGAAGGAAUGAACUUAAUUUCUAAUUUUGCUAUUAGACAUUGCAAUCCAAGUGAAAGAUAUAAAUGUGAUUUUAACGCUGAUUAUGUUAAUACCGAUACAGAUCUAGUUGGGUUAAAAAUAAUAAAAAAAUAUACAUCGGACGAUGGCUAG